UGCCAAUAAUGGUGAGCAGGGUUGUAUGGAAGGUCAAGUUCUGUUGUCAAUCCUGAGAGGAUUGAAACAAGAUUUGUAUUUUCAUUUGCACAUGUGCAUUUACACCCUCUAAUACAGUUAAUAUCUCAUCUGAAAAUGACGAGAUAUGGUGAAACCACCAGCCUGAACAUACAUUAACUACAUUUCAACUGUUACUACUACUAGACAUUUGCUCCAUGUUUCACAAUUUAUGUGAGUUUUAGUCCUGACUUCCCUUUCCGCACAUCCUGUGAAAUGACGAAAUGAGAGUAAAGAAUGAGAAGACAACAGCUUGGUCCCGUGGUCAUAAGGUGGAGGGUGCGGAUGUACACUGGACAUGGCAGAUAAGCAGAUUACUGCUGUGCACGCCCCCUUAUGUAAAAACAAGAUGAGUUCAUAUUUUUUUGUUCGAGAAGUUUAACGGGAUAAUCAGUAGCUCUGAGUGUUUAAUAUCGCAACCAACGGAUUUUUGUACAGAAAAUGGACCUAGGAGAAAAAAACAUUGUUGAAAUGAUAGCCAAAGUUAUUGAAGAAGCUUCAGACACGGAUGACAACCGUGAGGUGCUUAUGGCUGGUAGGCAUUAUCCAUCCAUACAAGAGUUUGCCUCAGCCAUCCCCAACCACCUCCUCCUGGGUUCUCUGCUGGAGCACCUGUGCUUCGUCUACGAGAGCAAUCCAGCUCGCUCGCGUAUGCUGUUUAAAGUCAUUGGCCAGCGUUUAGCUGCUAUGAACCUCCUCUCACCUUUGGCCAUAAGUGAUGAAUUCAGCACCGUGAGGCUCCAGCACAACAGAGCCUUCACCGAGCUGCUUAACGCCACCAGCUCCUCACUGCAUCCACAGGGUCAACAUUUGGGAACAAAUACACACAAUUCUACUCUAAGACCCAAGGAGGGACUGUUUCAAGCACAGACGUCCCGGUAUCUCAGUGAGUUUGAGGAAGUCUGCAGGCUUGGAAAGGGUUCUUACGGAAAUGUUUUUAAGGUUUUGAACAAACUGGACGGUCAGUAUUACGCCGUGAAGAAAAUUCUCAUCAAAAAUGUCUCAAAGGAAGACUGUAUGAAAGUCCUCAGGGAAGUCAAAGUGUUGUCCAGCCUUCAACAUGUAAAUGUCGUGGGUUAUCACACUGCAUGGAUGGAGCACGUUCAGCCGGCCACGCAUCCUGGGUCCCUCCUGCCUGCACUGGAGGGUCCUGGACAACACGAGAGCUCCGACGAGAGCCUUGACGGCAGCAGCGUCGGCUCCUCCGUAGUUUUUCAAAGCCACAGCGGAGCGCCGACAGAAGCUGCUCCGAGUGCCAAAUUACCACCAAGAGAGACUCAGCCUGUGAAAGCCUUAGUUCCGGCCAAGGAGGGCCAGGUGGUGUGUCCGAAGACCAUGCGCCGCAUUCCAGAGAACUACGUCCCCUGUGUCUUUCUGGGACAGCGAGGUCCCGUUCAGAGCUCCAAGUGUCCCGCCAUGGGCUGGGACAGUUCGGCGCUGUUGGAGGAGGAGUCCAGCAGGAGUAGCAACGAACUGAACAACAACUCCUGCGUUGACAAGGAGCGGCAGCAGUGGGCUGACAAACGAAAAACGAAGCCUUCUAAAGAGGUCCAUUUCCACCUGAUGCUCUACAUCCAGAUGCAGCUGUGUGAACGCUCGCUGAAGGACUGGAUCUCUGAGAGGAACGCCAAACCCAAAGAACAAGCCUCAGGUCCUUAUGACUGCGUAGACACUGAACACACGCUGAGCCUGCUACGACACAUACUUGAAGGGGUGGACUACAUUCACUCCAAUGGGAUUAUGCACCGAGACCUGAAGCCAAGGAACAUUUUCCUUCAUGGUCAUGACUGCCAUGUUCGUAUCGGGGACUUUGGUUUGGCCUGCAGGGAUAUGAUAGUGGAAAGCCAUAAAAGCGCCUCCUCUGCUGACAGUGAUUCCGCUCAUACUUCAGGUGUGGGGACGUUUGUGUAUGCUGCACCGGAACAGCUGAAAGGCUCCUACUAUAAUUCAAAGUCAGACAUGUACAGCAUCGGAGUUCUGGCUCUUGAGCUGUUCCAACCCUUUGGGACGGAGAUGGAGCGGGUCCGAACGCUUGGAGACCUGAGAGAAGGGAAGAUCCCAGACUCCUUCUGCCAAAAAUGGACAGUUCUGACCAAGUACAUCAUGCGUCUGACGAGUAAAGAGCCCAGUGUUCGUCCCACAGCCAGCCAGUUUCUACAGAGUGAACUCUUCUGCAGUAAAGACAAGGUCAUCCACGGAUUGCAGACGAGGGUUCAAGCGCAGGAGGAAGAGAUUAUGCAGCUGAGGAGGCAGAUCAGCCGGCUUCAGAGCUCACAAGUCACAGUUCACUUCUCUGAGCUGGACGACACUUGAGCUUCAAACAUCUCAACAGACUGUCAAACGUUAUUUAUUCAAUCACUGCUGUACUUUGUUGUUCUGAUUUGGUACAGAUGAUAGAGUGUGUGGGUGUGUGUGUGUGUGUGUGUGAGCAUUUAAGUGUGUGUUGCACACCUGGAUAUAGGAGUGCAGUAUUUUUCUUCUUGCAACUGUUAAAUAAAACUUUUUAUCUGA